AUGUGUGACAGGAACGGUGGGCGGCGGCUGCGGCAGUGGCUGAUCGAGCAGAUCGACAGCGAGCUCUACGCGGGGCUCAUCUGGGAGAACGAGGACAAGUCCAUGUUCCGCAUCCCCUGGAAGCACGCCGGCAAGCAGGACUACAACCAGGAGGUGGAUGCUUCCAUUUUCAAGGCCUGGGCUGUUUUCAAAGGCAAGUUCAAGGAGGGCGACAAAGCCGAGCCGGCCACGUGGAAGACGCGGCUGCGCUGUGCCCUGAACAAGAGCCCUGACUUUGAGGAGGUGACAGACAGGUCCCAGCUGGACAUCUCCGAGCCCUACAAGGUCUACAGGAUCGUGCCAGAGGAGGAGCAGAAGUGCAAAGCAGGGGUGGCCAACGGGAGCAGCCUGAACGAUGUCACCGACAUGGACUGCAGCUCCUCUGCCAUCGACGACCUCAUCAAGGAGCCCUCCUGUGUGGAUGAGUACCUGGGCAUCAUCAAGAGGAGCCCCUCACCCCCCCAGGAGACCUGCAGGAACCCCCCAAUACCCGACUGGUGGGUGCAGCAGCCCAGCCCUGCGUUGCCCCUGAUGAAUGGAUACUCCAGCUAUGAGCAGUAUCACUCAGGUUAUUCCCAGAUGGUGAUCAGCUUCUACUACAGCGGGAGGCUGGUGGGCCACGUCAGCACCUCGUGCUCUGAGGGCUGCAGGAUCUCCCUGGGGCAGCCCUCGGGCCAUGGGGAGAAGCUCUACGCCCCCGACGCCCUGGAGCACGUGCGGUUCCCGUCGGCCGACGCCAUCCAGAACGAGCGGCAGAAGCAGAUCACCAGGAAGCUCUUUGGCCACCUGGACAGGGGUGUCCUCCUGCACAGCAACAAGCAGGGCAUCUUCAUCAAGAGGCUGUGCCAGGGCAGGGUCUUCUGGAGCGGCAACACCAUGGUCCCAAAAGUGGCCCAAGAUUUUGGCUGA